AUGGGAGGAGAAUCGCCGCAGAAGCGGCGGCUGUCCGCUGCACAAGCGAACGUCAAGAAACCAGUGCCGGAAAAGCGCGGGUCGUUGCCAAACUUGCUGCCUCCUUUGAGCAAACGGAGGCACGACAUGGCGACCAAGGUCCUGCCGGACGACCCCAAGGCGGCGGCGGCGCCCAUCACCCUGCCCGACGUGGCCACCCCCGCGUCGGCUCCCAAGGGCGACACACUGAAACUACCAGACGCACCCGCAAAAGCUACAAAGCCCGCGCCAUCGGCCAGCUCAAUCAAGCGCUACAAAUCGGUUUUUCAAGUGUCGCGAAGCAAGAAGUCAGGAGACAUCACGCUCGAGUCCCAGCGCACCAUUGACACGGUGCUCAAGUAUCAAAUGGGGCAAUGCGAGCUUCGCAAGCUCAAGGAAGUGUUCAACUACAUCGACGUCGAUCGCACGGGCCAGAUCUCAUUUGAAGAGUUUUUCGAGUUUAUCGACGAGAAUCGGAAUCCGUAUUCCGAGAGCCUCUUCCGGCUCAUCGAUACGGACGGCAGUGGCACGAUCGAUUACGAAGAAUUUGUGCAUGCGCUCACCAGUUAUUGCAUGUUUACACGCGAAGAGAUCUUGCAAUUUGCAUUCAAAACGUUUGACGACGACGACAGCGGCAGCAUCGACGAGUCUGAAUUUGCAAAACUGGCCAACAUGGUCAACGAUGGCAAGCCACUCUUCACAGGCAACUUUAACCGCGCGCUCAAAGAAUUCGACAAAAAGAACGAAGGCGUGAUCGACUUUACCGGGUUCGACUUGCUCAAUCGACGGUACCCGAUGAUCCUCUUCCCAUGCUUUCGCCUGCAAGACCGCAUCCAAAAAGCUACGUUGGGCGAAGCGCACUGGCUGCGCAUCCACCAGCGAUACUACGACAUGCUCAAGGACGACCUGUUCCGGAAAAAGCACGGCGGCGCCGCGCCCCCCGUGUCGACCUCGACCAAGAUCAAACUCAUCUUUGGCGUCGGCACGUUUGAAGUGUAUCAGCCAGUAUGA